CUGGAUUCAUAUUUUCUGACAAGAUCUUGAACCUUCCUGCCUUUGGUUGGUCCGUAAUUUGUGCUGCAGUGUUGGUGGCUUCCUCGCUUUCUUCCAUCAUUUUCCCUGCUCCAGUGGGUCCCACAUGAAGCUUGAAGCUAUUCCUGGUGCACCCCAAGAUGGGGACCUAGAAUUUGUGCUGGCCACAGAGAAGGAAUUUGAAGCAAUUGUGUCCAUGUCUCAUGGGAUUUAUGGAGGAUUGGAUUAUCUGCCCAGUCGCUAUCACAGCUGGGUGAACGAGAAGGACCGGAUGGUGAUACUGGCCAAGAAAAAAGGAGAUGUUAUUGGCCUCCUCUCUAUGUUUGUGGUGGAUGGAGGGGAAACAGCUCUUCUAGAAGGGCUCCGUGUGGCACCCUGGGAGAGAGGCAGAGGAAUAGCUGGAGUGCUUCAGAGGUUCGGUUGCCAGCUGGUGAAACAUCGAUACCCAAGUGUCAAAGUAAUGAGGUUGACCAGGGAUGACAAACUGACUCCAAAGGAACUUAACAAAUACAAAGUCAUUUCUAAACAGGGCAUACUACUUGUUCAUUUUAAUGCACCUGAACUCUCCUCUCGAUUAUCUUCCAUUCCACUACCCCCUGGGCCAUCGCGUCCUUCUCCACCCAUCCUCUUGUCUCCUGAAGAGGUCCAAGGAGUCUUCCUGGAGCGUGGGGGCCUAUUGAAGGAUCUUCUGCCCAAUCAAACACUCAUCCAGGACUGGCAGCCCUUCCAAGCCUUGCCUGGCAAUCAUGACCUGCUCCGCCGCAAAUCUAUUCGCUGGAUGACAGAUGACAGCAUUCGGCCAAGGGUGGCUUCUCUGUGCACCGCACCAUUCCCUGUACCGGCAGGGCCUCGCUGCUUCUACCUCAACAUUGAUGUCUUUGGCUCUGGUUUGAGGGGGGCACAAGAGCAGUUGCUGUCUCACCUAGCGGCACAUGUGCCAUUGUUACCAGCGGAUGUAAAAUGCCAGCUGUUCCUGCCACCUAGCAUGUGGAGGCCCAUGGCUGAUUUUUGCACUAAUGUAUUAGGUUUGAAGCUGGACAAAGGGUACACAGAGCAAUAUCUCCUAGAAACAGAUAUAUAGAGGGGGCUUCAUACCCUACUUACAGCAAGGGGGCAGGAAUGACCCCCAUCUCAGUAACGCUAACUGCCUUCUUUAGCUGAGCCUACACAUCAAACAUACUGUACAUGUUGAUCCAAGAUACUACACCCCCUUAUACACUUAUUGCCGCUACUGUACAUAUGUCAUUCUCCUAAAGAACAAACCCAUAGAUUAUGCUCAAUAACCUGUAUGCUUCCCUGUACAGAUAACAGUAAUUCAAAGAUAUAGUUCAUGUCAUCCCAGAUGAACCACCAGCUUUUUUUUUUU